AUGGCAAGGGCUAGGGAAGAAGCAGGCGACAGCCAGCUGGUAUCUGGCCGAGAGCUAUCAUCACACAUCAUUAGAGUGUCUGUCGAGACCCCACGGGACUGCCACGAAUUUAUGCUGGCAGAAAAUAGCAGUGUCCACCACUUUAAGAAAGAAAUCUCCAAACGCCUUAACUGUGACGCUGACCGACUGGUACUGAUCUACACUGGAAAGAUCCUCCGGGAUCAAGACAAACUAAGCCAGCGUGGCAUUCUUGAUGGCACUACGGUCCACUUGCUGGUGAGAACCCAUCUGAAAGGAACCCUGCCAAGCCCUGCAGGCCAUUGCACCCAUCGUUCUGAACCCUCCACGUCAGAGACUGCUGGCAUGCUAGCCAGAAUGGGCCAGCUAGCCCAGAGUUCAUCUAAGCUGGCUGACUUCCUUGGCCAGCUGGCUCAGCUACUGAUGGAUGUGCCUGAGUCUGUGGUGCAGUCCUUGGAUAUGGCUCAAGGCCUAUCAAGUGAGAAAACAGCCAAUGCUAGCCAUGUUUCUGAAUCCUCAAGGCCAGGAAAGAAACCUGAGCCAGCUCUUAAGCCUCGAGAAAUCUUGCAGAACCCAGCCCGGCAACAGGAACCCCUGCAGGCAGACAAGCACGGGCUCGAGCUCUUGAAGGCAGUGCCAGGUGGUAACAAUGCUAUGCGUCCAGUCUGCUUUGAUAUCCAGCAGCUCAUGCUCUACACUCUGGCCCCACUGGUUGCCUCCAAACGCCAUAAUCCAGGUUCAGAACCUUGGAGCAGGGAGGCCAAUGCUCACAGCAGUACUGACACCACCAUCUCUACAGCCUCUGUAUCUACCAGGCCACUGGCACAGGAGGUCAGUGCAGGAGGUGCUGCCCAGGCCAAGGGCACAGCCCCAAAUUGGGCCAAUUCAGGGUGUAGGACCAGUGUGCCAGACUUAUCCCCAGGCCAGGAUCUUCCCUCCCAGGAAAGCCAGGAGCCCACAGGGAAAGCCACUCUAACCAGUCAGCAGAGACCCUCCCCCUCUGCCUUGCAUAGAGCCUUGCAUGUCUUGCAGCAGAAUCCAGCUCUGCUGUACCAGCUUGCAACUGGCAGCCCCCGGCAAUACCAUAUGCCACUACUUCCCAUCCUCACCAACCCACGGGCACUGCAGGCAUUGAUCCAGAUAGAAAAGGGACUGCACACACUGUCUAGGGAGGUGCCUGGGCUGAGAUCUUAUUUAUGGGGCCCAGGUAGACCACAUGGGGAUAGAGGAACCCCUGAAACUAGGGGUGGAGGACAGGGUCACAGAACAGACCCAGUGGAAUCCACCUGGGCUGUUCUUCAGCUCCUCCAUGCACUGGCCAAUGGCUGCUCCCAGUUCAUCCAACCUGCACCAUUCUCAUCCCCCCUCAUUGAAGGCCUCUACCAGCAAGAACUGGAGCAUCUGAAGGCCAUGGGUUUUGCUAAUCUUGAGGCCAAUCUGCAGGUCCUCAUGGACACAGGUGGAGACAUUCAUGCUGCCAUUGAGAGCCUGCUACAGGAGGCCUAG